CACUCUCGGACCAUCGCACCGAGUCUCGACCCAGAGAGUUUCCUCAGUCCUCCACAACUCUCCCUUCGCGAUCUUACUUCUCUCCAGAUCCAAAAUCUCACCAUUCUCGUCGCAAAAGAGAACUACAAUCUCGAUUCGAUUCGAUUCGAAAUUCAACUAUUCCCCAGAUCACAUUUUUGUUUCGGUUCAUGAUAUUGAUUCCGUGAGAGACCUUAACAUGGAUUCGCAUCCUUCCUUGAUCGGAAGGUCCAUCGGCAACAGCAACCGAUCCAGCGUAGAUCUCGGCCGUUCAAUGCCUUCCUCCCCUUCCCCCUCAUCGCUAACCAAAUCCAUCUCCGAUGCGAGCAGCCAGAGCCUCUCCUCGAUCCUCAACAACCCCCACGGAGGCAAAUCCGGCGUCUACGGCACCGACGCCUCCUGGGUCGGCUGGUGGUCCUCCUCCACCUCCGUAGCUCCCUCCGAGUUCGCCCCCGUCGCUUCCGCCAAGCUCCCCGGGUCGGACCUCUCCAGAUCCGACUUCCACGGAUACGUCUCCUCGAUCUCCGACUCCCACGCCAGGUUCGAGGACAUCAUCAACCACGCCAGGGAGGAGAGCUCGGGGCUCGAUCAGGAGAGCCACGUGUCCGGUCUGGCUUCGUGUCUCCGCGAGGUCCCUUCGCUCUACUUCAAGGAGGAUUUCGCGUUGGAGGACGGGGCAACGUUUCGCUCCGCGUGUCCCUUUUCGAGCUUGACGGAGAAUCGGGCGCUUCAGGAGAAGCUGUCGCAGUAUCUCGAUGUGGUGGAGUUGCAUCUCGUGAAGGAGAUCUCGGUGAGGUCGGAUUCGUUCUUCGAGGCGCAGGGGCAGUUGCAGGAUUUGAAUGGGAAGAUUGUUGAAGGGUGUAGUAGGAUCCGUGAGUUGAAAGAGACGAUUCGGCUUCUUGAUAGGAAUCUGGUGGAUUCUGCUCGGCAGAUUCAGGAGCUGAGCUCGACUAGGAUUAAUAUGUUGGAGCUGCAGCGUAAACUGAGGGUCAUUUUGUAUGUUAACCAAGCUCUCUCUGCACUCAAAUUGCUUGUUGCGUCCGCAGAUUGUGCUGGAGCGUUGGAUAUAACUGACGAUCUCCAAAACUUGUUGGCGGGGGAUGAGCUAACUGGUCUACAUUGCUUCCGUCAUCUUCGAGAUCAUGUCACUACUUCCAUAGAAUCCAUAAACAGCAUUCUCACAGCUGAAUUUAUGCGAAUCUCAAUACACAAUACUGGGGAAAUAGAUGUACUGGUUUUAUCUGCAGCAAAAAAACGGGGAUCCAUAUCUUCUAACGGGGAGACCGGUGAUGAAGUUAAGCUAGAAGAAGAAGAUACGUCUACCUUAUGUGAUCGGCUUCUUCCUCUAGUGAUUGGAUUGCUAAGAACGGCAAAGUUCCCCUCAAUUUUGAGGAUGUAUCGUGAGGCACUAACAUCUGAAAUGAAAAAUGCAAUCAAGAACGCAGUUGCUGAGCUGCUUCCAAUUCUUGUUGCAAGAUCGCUGGAAUCUGAUUUUUCACAUGGGGAGCGCUCAGUAGAUGUUGAUGGUGGUGGCUUAUCUCUAGCGAGCAAGUUGAGGGCUCUGUCAUCUGAGGCAUUCGUUAAUCUCUUAACUGCUAUAUAUAGGAUUGUUCAGGCACAUCUUGUUCGGGCUUCGGAAGUGAAAAAGGCAAUUGAAUGGAUCCUCUGCAAUAUCGAUGGACAUUAUGCAGCUGAUUCCGUUGCAGCUGCAAUUGCUGUCGGUGCAGUAGCAGCCGAAUCAAUCCAGGAAGCAGGUUUCCAAGGCGACCAAUUUGUGUCUUCUCCAUUGGGUAAGGCUACCUCAAAGGCUUCUCAGUUGCAGAGAAAAUCAAGCGACACAUCAAGCCUGAUAAACAUGUCAAGAAACUUCAGGGCUGAUGUCUUGAGAGAAAACACAGAAGCUGUUUUUGCGGCCUGUGAGGUUACUCAUGCUAGAUGGGCAAAGUUACUAGGAGUUCGUGCUCUUCUUCAUCCAAAACUGAAAUUGCAGGAGUUCAUGAGCAUUUAUGAUCUCACCCAAGAAUUUAUAACAGCUACAGAAAAGAUUGGCGGACGGUUGGGAUCUAGUAUUCGUGGGACGCUGCAGUCACAAGCCAAAGCCUUUGUAGAUUCCCAGCAUGAAGCUCGGAUGACAAAACUGAAAGCUGUCCUUGAUCAAGAAACAUGGGAUGAGAUCGAUGUUCCCGAAGAAUUCCAAUCCAUAAUCAGUUCUCUUUUCGCAUCCCAGGAGUUGAUUUCUAGGAAAGCUGAUGAUGCUGAUACUAUAACAUACCACAGAAACCCGCUCACUCCCAACGGGUCUCUCACUUCAGGAACUGAAGAUCAAAAUGAACUACGAAAUAAAAACUCUGAAUCUAGUGAAAGUCCUGCAGUCAGUAGUGCACAAGUGAAAUCCACAGUUUCACCUGAGUCUCUUGAAAGAAGCAAGGCUGGUGUAUCUUCAGUUGCGAAUAAUCAAAGUAAUCAGAAGGCGCACGGAAAAUCUAACCUUUUUUAUCAAGGAGUUGGUUACCACAUGGUAAACUGUGGGUUAAUAUUACUCAAGAUGUUGUCAGAAUACAUUGAUAUGAGUAAUUCUUUGCCAGCUUUGUCCUCGGAAGUUGUUCUUCGUGUUGUUGAAGUGUUGAGAUUUUUCAACACUAGGACAUGCCAACUUGUUCUGGGGGCUGGUGCUAUGCAGGUAUCUGGUUUAAAGUCCAUAAAGGCGAAACACUUGGCACUUGCAAGUCAAGUAAUCGACUUCACUUACACUAUUAUUCCUGAAUCCAGAAGAAUUCUGUUUUCAAAAGUACCUGAGACGAGAAAGCCACUGUUGUCAGUAGAGAUUGAUAGAGUCGCUCAGGAUUAUAGGGUUCAUCGAGAUGAAAUAUACGCAAAGCUGGUCCAGAUAAUGAGAGAAAGACUGUUGGCGCAUCUUCAUGGGUUGCCGAAAGUUGUUGAGAGCUGGAACAGACCGCCAGACAGCAAUAAACAAACUAAAGAGUUUGCCUGGCCACUCACAAGGGAAGUUGGCUACCUUCAUCGGGUCUUAUCCGAGACAUUGCAUGAAGCAGAUGUUCAAGCCAUCUUCAGGCAGGUGAUUUCAAUCAUCCACACACAAACUUCUCAAACGCUUUCUAACUUGGAGAUAAGCUCUCCAGAGGCAAAGAAAAGGCUGAAGCUUCACGUUGAGCUUAUCCUCAAAUGCAUCCGAUCAUUACCAUCCGACAAUGCCAAUGAAUCAGGCCUCGCAAACUGGGGACAACUAGAUGAAUUCUUUGCACAACACUUUAAAGAGGAAGAAGAGGGACGCGAAACUGAGUGAUGAAGACGUCAUUGUACAUCAAUUUGUUUCUUCUCACUUCUUAUAUUAAGUGAAAACAAAUAUCAGAAUUUUGGUAUGAGGAUGGAUUGCUCGUCUUGUAGAUUUAACUUACAGGUAAGAAAUUCCUUCCUUCUGCUGCCUCCAUCUGCAACCAAAACACCGAAUCAAAUACAAAAUUAUAGUCUAUAAUUGUCUCAUCGGGUUUUGUGGAAAGUGAACAUUGUAGAUCGUGAAAGCAUAACCACCUUUUGUUCAGCUAGUUCUGAUGGUUUGGACCUUUAGAUGCAGGCUUAUUACAGUUGUGGGCUCAGAUGAACAUUAUAUCAACAUUUUCUCUU